AGAAAUGAGCCAAUGCUUUGCGAGUCCAGGCCGGGUUUUCAAGCAUUAAGACGGAAGUAACGGCGAGCCGCCAGUUCCAGGGCCCGCAGAGUGAAAGAAGUGGCGAGUGGGGGGAAAAGGAAGACGCAGGGGAGGAAUGGCGGCUCAAAUUCCAAUUGUGGCCACCCCUUCCACUCCGGGGAUAGCCCGGAAUAGCAAGAAGAGGCCAUCCAGCCCUUCCCACAACGGCAGCAGCGCCGGGGGAUAUACAUCCAAUAAGAAGAAAAAAGCGUCCGCCUCUAGCUUUGCGCAGGGUAUCAGCAUGGAAGCCAUGAGUGAGAAUAAAAUGGUGCCCUCUGAUUUUAGCACAGGACCUAUGGAAAAAGCUGCCAAACCUUUGCCCUUUAAGGAUCCUAACUUUGUGCACUCUGGCCAUGGUGGUGCGGUAGCUGGCAAGAAGAAUAGAACCUGGAAGAACCUGAAACAGAUUCUCGCUUCCGAAAGGGCAUUGCCGUGGCAACUGAACGAUCCUAGCUACUUCAGUAUUGAUGCUCCUCCAUCCUUUAAGCCAGCUAAGAAGUAUUCUGAUGUUUCAGGUCUUCUUGCCAACUACACUGACCCCCAGAGCAAGCUGCGGUUCAGCACCAUCGAAGAGUUUUCCUAUAUUCGGAGGCUGCCAUCCGAUGUUGUCACUGGCUACCUGGCCCUGAGGAAGGCCACAAGCAUUGUUCCCUGAGCUUUGGGAAAUGGAAAUGAAGUGGAAAACUAUUUCAAAGGCAGACUUUGGACUCAUGAUUUUGUUUCAUGGAAACAAACUCAUUCUGCUGUCAAUCUGGAAAUGUCAGUGCUGUGCCUUGGAAAGAAUGUUUGGCUUUAAUUUAAGGGUUUUUUUCUAUGUUUUCCCUCCAAGUGUGAUAUUUCCUGUUGAAUUAAAUUAUACUUCAUUUGUUGCCUCAAGUAAA